AUGGAGACUCCAUCAUCAUCGUUAUCAACAAGAAGAGUUACCAGAUCGCAGACCGCCUCUGCAAUCAACAACUCUGCUUCCGACUUCAAAAUCCCCUUUUCAUCAAAAAAAACAGAGGAUUCGAGCAUCGGCCAAAGAAAGAGCGUGAAGGCGCAAGAAGACAGAUCUGCGCUGAUCGACAUAACCAACGACUCACCAAUCGUGGGCUUAGCGAUGCAGACUCCACCUUCAGGGUUCACGUCUAAGAGGAAGAACAACAGCAGGAUCAAGAGCACGCCUGGAUCUGGUGAAGCCCUUUUGAGAGGCCAAGUCAAAAACCUACUCCAGAAGGUCGAAGAAGGAGCAGAGCUUAUCCAUUCAAUGAAGUCUCUCCCUUUCAUCCACCUCGUCACUUCCCCGAUGAGACUUCUCGCCCCAACUCCAGCAAACACUCCCCAGUUUCCCAAUUUCUCGGUUGAUGAUGAGGAAGUCCAGAUCAAGAUCGCGUCUCCGGUUGUUGCGGGACACUUGAGGCCAUCUCAAGUGAGCUACGUUACUGGGACUUGGAAGGGGAGUGAGAUAUUUGAAGAGGAGGAAGAAGAAGAAGAAGAGUGUAUGAGCGUGAGUCGUUCGUUGUUUCCUGACUUCACGGAGAAGUCAGCAUUAUGGGAAGAAGAAGAAGGAGAAGGAGAUGUUGAUGAGUUGUGUGAAGGGAUGAAGAAGAUGAGUGUGGUGAAGACUCAAGCUGAAUUUGCAGGGAAACAUAGCAGAUUUGUGUACAACGGUGAAGAUGAAGAGAUUGUUGAGGCCCAAGAAGUUCUUCGCUUGAGAGGGAUUCCUACUCCCAGAGGAAAGCAUGUGAGGUUUGCUGCUGAUGAAGAGCAAGAAGAAGAAUCUUCUUCUACUCUUUGA